UUAACUCUAAUACUAACCAUGUCAAUCAAAAUUUGUGCAAUUAUGUUUUUUAUUUCUCAGAAAUUAAAUCCUGUAAGUAGGCUGAGUAAAAUAACCAGAAUUUACCAUAACUACUGCUUAAUAACUGUACAGAAGUUCAGAAACUUUUGUUCCUAUUUUGUCUGUUUUGCAGAAUCAUGAAACACGUUGUCCUGUUUCAUUUGCUGCUCUUGUUUAGAAUGUAUUCACCCAAAAUUAUAAUCUAAAAAUAUGUAUUAAUCUGUUGAGACUGUAAACAUAGGACAGCUGAUUUUAAAGAAGCAACUCUUAUCCACAGAUUAGACUUAGAUUAAAUAUUUAAGAUUUAACAUUUCAUCUUAAAGAGGCUGCUUCUUUUGUACCUGUCACUCUUUAUCACAAUUAAUCACAGAACCUGUUCUGUGAUUUAUUAUCUGUCUGUGUUUGGAUCCUGAAAAGAUUCACUGUUCCAUUAAAAAUUAGGAUGAUAAUUUGAUUAUUGGUGUUAUUUCCUGGCACAUCAUUCAAAUCUUUAGCAAAGUUAUUUACUUGCUCCAAAUCCUUUCAAUUCAGCUUAUCUACAUACAACAUAAAAUUCACCUCGAGUUAUUUUAAUGGACACACAGGUAAAAGUUAUAUACAAUCAAAUAAAACUUAGUUACAUGUACAAAUUCAGCUGUAGAAAUUCAAAUUGGAUGUUUAGUUGGAAUGAAAUUGUCAUGAUGUGAUGUCUGUGGUGAGACUGAACGCAGGAGGACCCAGGAUGCAGAUAAACGAUGAUGAAUUUAAUGAGCAGAAUAGCUCAAACGGUCCAGAUCUCAGGCAGAGCGGAAACACAGAGACUCUGCACCGGUAGCAACUGAAAACAACAAAGACUGACACGGACUUCCCAGUUCGACUGUGACGGCCGACUGACAAACGACAUACAACGGUCUGUACGACAAGGACCUGACAACAGACAAGGGCAACAGGUGGACUUAAAUACACGGCGGGGAAUCAGGGAGACUAGACACAGCAGGGAAUGAUCAAGGAGCAGACAGGACAACACAGAGACUCACAAGAACAAAAAUCUAGAAAUAAACACACAGAAAACUCAAAUCCUCACAGAAAUGCUUUUAAUACAAUGUAGACAAGUUGACUUUAUCAUGCCACCUGGAAACGUUUGACUAUAGAAGGAACAUAUUUGAAUGGUUCACUAUUAUUGAGUUGAGAGUUGGUGGAUCUACAGACAAGAUAAAAUAUAAGGAAUAUAAGUGCAAUUAUCACUAUUUAGUAAACGUUGUCAAUCUACGACACAUAAUUAGUUUUCUAGUUACUAAAUAAAUUCUAUCAGAACUCAACAGAAUAAUUAACAUUGAGAUAAAAAUAGGAUUAAACUAUUCUUAACUUUUUCCCCCCAGAAAAUGUGGCUUUACGUGGCAAAGCCCCUCAGGCUUAACGGUACAUUGGAGAAUGGGAUAUGUUUGGAGCUGCUUCUAACGCCAUUGAUGGGAACAGAAAUUCUGCCUUCAGAGACGAAUCUUGCAGCCACACUGAACAGCAGUCCAACCCCUGGUGGAGAGUGGACCUGCUGGACUCGUAUGUCGUCACCCAGGUCAUCAUCACCAACAGAGGAGACUGCUGUGAAGAGAGGAUCAACGGAGCAGAGAUUCGCAUCGGAAACUCUAUACAAAACAAUGGCAUUGAAAACCCACGGGCUGCUACAAUCUCCUCCAUUGCAAGUGGGGCCUCUAAAGCAACAAAUAUUCCUGGCCACGUUGAGGGACGUUAUGUCACUAUCAUAAUAUCUGGAUCAGAAAAGAUUCUGACUCUCUGUGAAGUGGAGGUCUACGGGUACCGCGCCCCGACCGGUCAGAACCUUGUCCUUCUAGUCCUCUCAGCACGAAACCGGUGAUCCAUCUAAGGCCAUUGAUGGGAAUCUCAGAAACGACUGGACUCAGGCUUCCUGCUCGCACACAUCAAACGACGAAAGCCUCUGGUGGCGACUGGAUAUGCUGAAAACGCGUAAAGUGUUUUCCGUUAAGGUCGUCAACAAGGAUUCAUUUCAAGAACGACUCAGCGGCGCCGAGAUCCAUAUUGGAGAUUCUCUUGAGCACAACGGGAACAACGAUGCCAGUUUCUCCAGGAAAGAGUCUUUAUGAGUUUGACUGUAACGGGAUGGAGGGACGCUACGUAAACGUCGUCAUCCCCAGCAGGAGCGAGUACCUUACGUCUCGCUGAGGUUUACGGCUCCACGCUGGAAUAAAGCCUGUAGUGGCAACAAAUGGUUGUUUGUGUUGCUCACAAAAAACCUGAUGCUUCUGCUCAAUAAAAGGCUUUCAAAUGUA